GUCCCACCAGGGGGUGGGGAAAUGGCAGCUCCAGGAAGUCGCCCGCGGCUGCGAGAGACGCCGAGGGAGCGCAGCCCGUGGGGUGGCAGCUCCCAGCCCGUCGAGCCCGCCGCCGCCGCGAUGAGCUCCCCUCAGCGCCCGCCGCUCGCCCAUGUCUUCAAGGGGACCUUCGUGCACUCCAGCGCCUCCGCCCCCUUGGAGAUCCUCCACGGACACCUUCUGGGGGUGGACGAUAACGGGACAAUUGUGUUUGUGGAACAAACGGAUCAGCUAGAGCAACUGGCCAAGACGUGGGGGUUCAAAACAUCUGACAUAAGACAACUGAGUAAACAUGAAUUCCUCAUGCCAGGAUUGGUUGAUACACAUAUUCAUGCUCCUCAGUAUUCAUUUACUGGUACAAGAGUAGACCUGCCUCUUUUGCAGUGGUUGACUGCCUACACGUUCCCAACAGAAGCCAAAUACCAGGACAGUGGUUUUGCAGAAGAAGUGUACACCAGAGUUGUUAGACGAACACUAAAGAAUGGUACGACUACAGCUUGCUACUUUGCAACAAUUCACACAGAUAGUGCCCUUCUUCUUGCUGAAAUUAUAGAUAAAUUUGGUCAACGAGGAUUUGUUGGGAAAGUCUGCAUGGAUGUGAAUGACAGUGUGCCACAAUACAGAGAGACUACUGCUGACUCUGUCCAAGAGACAGAAAGGUUUGUUAGAGAACUACUGGAAAAGAAAUAUCCCAGAGUACAGCCUAUAGUAACCCCCCGCUUUGGCCCCUCCUGCUCAGAGGACUUGCUGAAUGCCCUCGGGGAUUUAGCAUUAACCCACGAUCUCCACGUGCAGAGUCACAUAAGUGAGACUGAGGAAGAAAUCAAAGUUGUGGAGAACAUGUUUCCUGCCUACCAGAAUUACACUGAACUGUAUGAUAAAAACAAGCUGCUAAACAGCAAGACUGUGAUGGCACAUGGCUGUCAUCUUUCUGAAGAAGAGCUGAAACUUUUUAGUCUUCGUGGAGCUGCAAUUUCACAUUGCCCCAAUUCUAACUUUUCGAUGCGCAGCGGUGUCUUAAAUGUGCAAAAGGUUCUCAAACACAAUGUGAAGCUUGGUCUUGGCACAGAUGUUGCAGGUGGAUAUUCAGCUUCUAUGCUUGAUGCUAUAAGGAAAACAAUGGUGGCAUCUAAUAGCCUUCAGAUCAAUAAAGUGAAUGAGACAGGACUAACUAUCGAAGAAGCCUUUCGGCUAGCCACUCUGGGAGGAAGCCAAGCUCUAGGACUGGAUAAUGUGAUUGGAAACUUUGAGGUGGGAAAAGAAUUUGAUGCACUGCUAAUCAACACGAAGGCUUCAGAUAGCCCUUUUGACUUGUUCUCUGCUGACGAAUUUGAGGACACUCUCCAGAAGUUCCUGUAUCUAGGUGAUGAUCGGAAUAUUUCUGAAGUGUAUGUGGCUGGAAAGCAAGUGGUUCCUUUUUCAAGCUCUGUAUAAAUCCAUUUCUGUUUGCAAAAUACUCUGCUGAUCAUUCUGCAUCUAAUUUGGAAAAGAUUAUUUAAACACAGUGCCUGAUCAUCAGGAAUGACACCUCACUUUUGGAUAAUGUUAAAAACUUGCAUAAAUUGAAAAUUUUGUUAGACCUUUCAAGAAUUACUGAGAAUUACUACUGAAAUUUUCACAGUUCUAGAGGGAAUGGCUAUAUAAAUUUCUUUGUAAAAAUAGCAUUUGUGCAUUGAUAGGGGAUUUGGUAAAUACCUUGCUUAAAGAAGGCACCUGCUGCUCUGUUUAAUAAUAGUAUAGGAAGCAUUAUGUGGAAGAAUGAGAUGCUGGUUUUCUAUAGGAAUUUUAAAAAAUCUAGUGCUUGUAAAUUGAUUUUGCAGGUAAUGAAUAUCAUGGAAGAAUGCAAUUUCCAUAAUAUUAUUAUCAAGUAUGGAAAAAAUCAGUGUCUUUUUGGAGAAUGUAGUUUUCGGUUUUUCCUAUGAAGUUUAAAAAAAAAAUUACAACAUUUUUUUAAGAUGAGUUAAGUCAGAAGUGUGUGUUUAUAAAUAAAUAAGGGUCCUCACUUAAGAGUUUAGAAUUGUCAUUUGUAGUCAGACACACUAUUGAAUUACCUUGAUCUUAGUGAUGGCUGAAUGAAACUUCUGUUAAAUUAGAGGCUGGCACUAAGAUAUCUCUGCAGGCUACAUAAAGGCAAACAAAUUAGGAGGGUUUUCUAGACUAGAGGGAGUGCUUCAUUUCGUUCAGCAUCCUGCAGAAUCUUCCCAAACUCAUUUGCUCCUGACUGUUCAGACAGGAUGAUAGAAAGAUGUCCCUUCUCCUUUCUGUAAGGGAAAUGAGUGCAUUUAAAAAUUUCCAAGAGAAAUGGUCUCUUUCUGGCCAUUACCACUUUUGACUUGAGGUGAAAAUCAUCACUGAAAAAAGCAGCUCAGCUUUACUAUGCUUUUUAUGUUUUUCAAUGUGGCAUAGUUCCAGUCCUGUACAAUUUCAGGAUUCCAGGUAAAAAAAAAAUGCCCUUUUUGUUUUUUUUUAUUUUUUCAGAAAUCUGUGUGACUUCCUACUUCCUUUCCUAAAAUGGCUUUUUUUUUUUUUUUUAAGAUUUGUUUGAUGAGGAUAUUUCUUCUUGUUUCUGUAUUAUGUUUUUGCAACACAAAGAAUGUAAACUUUAAUUUCAGUGUCAUUAGAGACCAAUAUUGUAUUUUGAUACUGUAAACAUGUCUUGAAUACGGUUUUAAGGCCUACUUCAAACUUCUUUGAUUUCACUAAGCCUUGUUUUGCACUUUUAUCUCACUGCCUGGGGAUAUAGGACUUACCUCUGUUCACAAAACAAGGGAGGUCACUGCACCAAAGUUUCACUUGAUGUCUACUUCAGAGAGAGUGCUUGGCCAAUGCCACUCAUAAUGUUCUGAUUUUAAAAGAAUUUUCAGAGCUUAUGUAUUGUUACGAUUAUGCCUACAUGAGACAGCACAGCGUCAAGGGGAAAUGUAUCGGCUAAUUUGGGCACUGAAAGCAGUACAGUCUGUUCAAUGUGGUUUUCUUGCCAAAGCUGAGGGGCUGUACCAAACAGCAGGGAAUAACCAGGAGGUCUUGCUGAAAUCACCUGGAUGCAGCCACUCAUUGAGAACUGGCUCAGGUGUCUUCCUGGCUGCUGCACCAUGCCAAGGUACAGCCUUCCUACCUGCUCUGUUCCAAGACUUCUAAGGCUUUAGGAGUCCAGAUCUAAGGAUUAAGAUUUACACAUUCCAUCAGGGUGUCUUCUCAACCAUUGUGUUUUUCAUGUGUCGCAAUCACCUACACAGUAGCACACUUGUUCAGCAAAUAACAACCUUCAGCUCUUUAACUUGCUUUCCUGAUUCAGGGACAUUUUUCUCAUUAAUUUUGACAUGGAUUUAAUUGACCAAAUUUCACAUUUCAAAACCAAAGAACUGUGAGACGCAUGUUUUAAUCCUCCCAGUAAUGUUUGAAACUAUUUUUAGGGAAUUUCAUGGUUUUCAGCUUUGGCUUUCCUGUGGUGAAGAAAGAUCACACAGCCUUGUGUACAAUGUAUGCUAGUGCCCUACUUCUUUGCCUUCAGAGCUAUGAAUUAAAUCAAUGCUUUUAUCUUAGUGGUAGUCUUAACUGUCUCUGACUUAAUUGUUUUCCCAUUAUUAUUUUGUGGUACUUUUAGAAAAGGAUUCAGCAUUUCUUAAAAUACUUUUGGGAGUAGACAGGUUGCUUAUUUGCCAUAUGAGAACACUUUAGAACUUUAACAAGUUCAGGACUACGCUGCUGGCCCAUUUACAAAGGGACUCUCUAGAAUAGCUGCUGCCAGUGAGCUUUGUAUCUGAAUUUUUAAUGGGUCAUGAGCAGUUUGACUCCUGUUUAAUUCAGGGACAAGGUAGGAACUUCUCUUUUGGUUCUAGCUUUUCUAAUGUCUAGUAUCCAGAAAUUUCCCAGACUUAGCAAUGGAAAAUCAACUUUUUAAGAAUCUCAGCUGGUGGAGGAACUCUGUGCUGUCUGCAGCACUCUGCAAUGCCCAAGACCAGAAGGAGCAAAGUCCAAGAUGGAUAGCAUUACAUUAAAUGCUGAGGUUUUAGCAGCAAAGGAAAGAAGUCUGAAUUUGAUGUUUGAGGAGGCCGGUGGAGGAGUUAAUACAAAAAAUAAACUGAGGGUCUUUUGACAGCAGCAUUUAAAUAUCUCUGAAUGGAGAAAAAAUGUGCCACCAGAGAAGCUAAGUGGGGUCAUCUGAGGCAGUCCCAAAAGCUUGUUCAGUGGAAGAUGGCUUAUGCACAAAAUUUAAAGGUUUUAGGUCAUACAAAGAAUGUGUAGUCAGAAUUCUCUGAAGUAAUUUAGGGAAAAUUACUCACUAAGGAUCACUAAGAAUCCCACUGUGAAGUCUUGGUCCUUGAGACUCUGUGCCUGUCUGUAGUUUGCCAAGAUAUUUGUUUUGUGGGGGAGGAUCAGUGGAUUAAAGCAGCGGAUACUGCUGAGGCUUGCACAUGUACACUAUAUGCAUCUCAAGACUAUAUAUAUAUAUUCUGCUUCCUUGGAUAGAUGCCCCUACUGCAUAUGCACUUUGAAGCAGGUCAAGUAAUGUGUUCAGAUUCUUGGUAUCUCUUUUAGACACUGAGUAUAUUUGGAAGACAGCUGAGCCUCCAGUGCAGUUUUCUCCAAAAUAAGCUUAAUUCUUAUACACCAAAUCCACCUUGCAGACUGAACCAAGGUUCAACAAGGGACAAUGAUUGGGAAUUUAGAAGAGCACUAUUGUCUCAAACCAAAAUGCUAAUAGAGACUAGAACUUGAACUACUCCCUGUCUGUUCGCAUCUCAUCACAGAACUUAGUAGCUGAAUACAAAUUGAAGCAACUCUCUUCUACCUUCCUACCUUUUCCCCAACACCACCCCCCAGAAAAAAAAAAAAAAAAAAAAAAAAAAAAAACACAAAAAAAAAACCACCAAAAAAAAAGCCAAACCUUAAAAUGAAACAACUGGACAUUAAGGGGAUAUGAGUAUGUGGAAGAAAAUAAAGGAAUAAUUUUCAGUCAGUAUGAAUUGAAAAAUAUGACAUUAUAAAUUGAUUGAUAAAACCUCUGGAAAAAUGUACAUGCAGCAGAUUCCAGAUGUCUCUCCCCACAAGUUUUCUUACCAGAUGGUACAUGAGAUCUUUCUUUCUUAAUAUGUCUUUAUGUUCAAUGGUAGCACGCCAUUCAGACAAAGGGGGAAAAAAGGGUAUUUGUGUAGCGCCUGCUUGUUGGGACAAUGUGCUUACUGUGUUCUACAGUCAGAUGAGCACUUAUUAAUUAUAAAUAGAAUGCAUUUGAAUUACUGUUAUAUGUUUAUCUCAUUGUGUCACUUUAGGUUUUGAAAUACUAAUAAGAAUUGCUAUGCAUUAUGCAGCAUUAUUUGAAUUAUUCAUGUGUGGCAAGUGGAGUUCUGCACUUUAAAAUGUUGCCUUGGCCUAAUGUUCAUAUUUAUGCUGUAUUUUUGUGAAAUCCUAAGGUUUUGUAGGGGAAAAAAAGUGUAUUUUUUCACUGUACUGAAAUUUUUAGUAAGUUGGCUUUCUCUUAGGAAAGAGAGCUUUAAAAUUACCCUGUCUAAAAUUCUGUGCCUGAUUAAACACUCAUGAAUGGAAAAAAAUAUAAUGGUUUUAUGAACUUGAAUACUAACAUUUAAUGUAAAAAGAAGUUCAGAUAAAUAGAUUUUUUUUUUCAAAUAUAAUUAUGAUAAUGCAAUGCAACUUCACAAGAGGCAUUACUGUUGAAUAUCUACAGUUAAAUUGAGCAAAAGAGAACAUAGUGAUUCUUGAUUAUUCAUUUAAAAAGAAUACUUAGGCCGAAGUUCUUUCAAAGAAUAUCCCAAUUUUAAAAGGAAAAGAUAUUAAUGUCAUUACUCAGACAAGCUGUUUAAAAAUACUAUUUUAAGCAUUUGCAGGAACAAUCCAUAACAGAUGAUAAGGUGGACAUACUUUAAAGUUCUGGAUUUUCAUUAAUAAACUAUGCUGCUUUAUUUGCAGCCUGGUAUGUGUUAGGAAUCAACUCACCUGUAAAAUGACAGUGUAUAGUCACAGAAUAAACUAAGCUGGAAGGGAUCCUCAAGGAUCAUUGUAUCCAACUCCUGGCCCUACAUGGCAACAUUCCCAAGGACAGCUAAAAAAUUAAUUUCAGAAGACAUUUGAAAACACUGGUAGCAGAAUCCAAAAUACUGCAAAGUAGAAAGGAGUUUGAACUGAGGAACUCAUAAAAAGAUGACAGGUCAGUGAAAUUUUAGGUGUGAAAUGCUCAGAAAAAAGAUACUUUCCUAGGUAAUGUUCUAUUAGACCAUGGAUGUCAUUCCUUCUAAAAGUUAGGAGCCCCAAAACCUGACUAAGUUCCCAAAUAAGUUGCUUACAUACUUAAUAAUAGAAGCCGAAAUACCUGCUUAUGGGAUUAUGUAUCUCUUCACGACUUCUAGAGCUCGGCUUCAAGAUUUAAAUCAAAAUUAUCUGUAAUAGCUCCAGAGGAAACAAUGUAAGGGCCUGAUAUGUUUUAUCUACACCUUCCCUGUGAGACAUUUAGCACUGGCCAGAACAGAGGCUGAAUUAUUCUGGUCCCAGUGAAGAAUUUCUGUUUAUGCAUGUCCCAGACAUCAUUCCCUUUCAUGUGCGUGGUGAUGCAGUGAUAACUGAGUUCAGCACAGACAAACAGUCUGGUGUGACUGAAGUGUCUGAAUACAAACUGUUUUAAAUAUCAGAUUGUUUAGAAAUUAAGCUCAUUGCUGAGACCAAUAAAUACGUUUAAAUCACACAAUCAUCUAUCUAGUACUGAACUUCUAGAUACUAGGACAUUGGCUUAAAUCUGUGGGGGUUUUAAGCAUUAUAUGUGCAGCAACUCAUGCUUCUCUCAACAGAGAAACUAGCAAAUGAUAUCUCCUAGGUAUGAAAAAGAGUAACAAAAUCAACAAACAUCAUUCUUGGGAAGCCAAAAGGACAUCAGCAGCAUUAACAACAAUCUGUUGUUUGAAGUUAAUAGAACUGUUAGUUUAUGUGGAAAGUCUAAGCAAUGUUUUUGGAAGGCAGUUUCCUGGAAACUUCAGUGGAAAUUCUUUAUUAGAAAAUGCCCAGAAUCGGUGUGCUCCAGCUGAAAGGUCCUUUGUGGCUUCUGCAGAGCCAGUCACUUCUGCAGAAGUGAAUGCAUUAGUCAUGCCUAGACCCUCACUUCUUUACCCUGUCAUGACUCGUAAGUGUGUAUUAGCUUUAAUUCUGGUAUUGGCUUGUGGCUUCUCAUAGACUGAGUCUUAGUUUGAAAAUAACUAUGGUAAAGAGCAGAGCUGGGAGAAGGAUAAGGAUAAAGGGCAAUCUUACACCAGCCUGCCUAAUGCUUCAACACAAAAUAUUUUUCCCACCAGGUAGAUGUUGUUACAUUUCAGCAGCUCUUAGACUCAAUGAUUUGGCUUAAUGACUUGAGUCAACUAGUAACAAUUAAACUCAGUCAAGGCUAGGAUAUAAUCUAGAUGUUUUACUGUGAUCUGCAUUUAAGCCAUGAGCAGCUUUCCUUGGCCAAGGGCUCCUUGGCAUAUUUAGGUACAACAAACUGGAGGUAAGCCUACUGGAGAAGGGGCCAGUUUUGGUGACAACUGAAGGCUGUAAACUGCAUCCUGUCUGGCCUUGUGGCUUUGGAGCUGGGUUGUGUACUCCUCUAACAACUUUUAGUGAUGAAGCUUUUAGAAAACAUUAGCAUGUGCUCCUUAACUGAGGAUGUUUACAUCCCUUGCUUCAAGACAAAUUUUCUUUCCCCACAGGAGAGUUCACAUCUUGCUGGAGUAAGUUUUUCUGAUGCAGAUUUGUCUGCUUAUCACCUGUCGUGCAUAAGCUCUGGUUCAUGUGAAAAUGCCUAACUGGAGUUAAUGUUGUUGAAUUUAUCCUUCCUUUUGUACUUGUGCAGUUUCAAGGAAGAACUAUGUAUUAGGAUAAAUGGUAUAUGCAAUUUCCACUGUUCUGCUUGGUUUUGAUCACGCUAAAUAGGAAGUCAUGUACUGUUGAAACAAAAUAAAGAGGCCUUGUAUUUACGCCA